UAUCCAAACAAUUCUAAAAACAUUGUUCAAAAUGUUAGUAGCUGCCUUUGAUUUUCCAAAUAUUUGUAGAAUAUGUUUGGACAAAGGUGAUUUAAAACCAUUGGACGAAAAUACAAUUGAAUUAAUAGAAAUAAUCACAGAUGUAAACGUAAAGUCUGAAAGUGAUUUCCCAAAAAAUAUAUGCUCCAAAUGCAUUAAAGAUCUUAUGGACAUUUCAAUAUUCAUGGAUAAGAUGAAGUACAAUAAUAUGCUUCUUAAGUUUGUACUACUAAAUCCCCAAAUUACCAUAAAGCAAGAACCUUUAGAAGAAAUGUUUUGUAUACCUAGGAUAGAAGUGAAUAAGACUGAACCUGCCAAUACAAUUGAACAAACUUCAAUACUAAGAAACUUGCUUAAUUAUGAAAACUUUCAAAAAGAAGACAGGCAACAAAAUUCCGUUUCAACUGGUUACAAAUUUGAUAAAAAUAAUGUAAAAAGUUUUAAAGAAAACAAUUAUUGUGUGUGUAGUAAAAUGCAAUGCACAGAAUGUGAACAUGGUAAGUAA